CUUAACAUUUCUCUAUUUAUAAUACAGUUUUACUCCUCUAAAUGGCCAAUCUUCCCAACGAAAUCAUUGUAAGUAUCCUCUCAAAUUUACCAGUGAAAUCUCUGUUACGAUUUAAAUGUGUUUCUAAGUCAUGGUGUUCUUGGAUCUCAUGUCCAAAAUUCAAGCUCUCCAAUCAAGGAAGACAAGGAGCAAUCGUCGAGGUGUAUAAAGGUUCGACAAGGAAAAGCUUCUUUCAAUCCAUAAACCAACAACUCACCUUGGAAGAGCUCAAUGAUCCUUUCAUGAUAGGGGAUGAUGAGACUCCUUUAGAAAGGUGUAUGUUUUUGGGUUCUUGUGAUGGUCUUAUUCUGAUUAAUCUAAACCAGCAUAUUUACUUGUGGAAUCCUGCCACCCGAUUUAGCACCAAAGUGCUUGAGCUUAACCGCUUGACUGACGAUGGCUAUUAUAUACGUGGGGGACUUUGUUUCGACUCCUCCAAGAAUGUUUACAAGGCAGUGCUGAUUAUGCAACAUCAGACCCCAAGUUAUGGUGGUGAGUUUGUUAUAGUUGCUAGUCUUGAAGACAAAAAAUGGAGGUUUCUCGAGUUCCCUUAUGAUAUCCCCUCAGUGAGUUCUGGAAUUACACUGCAUGGACGAUUGCACUAUAAGGCACGGGUAGAAAAAUCCUAUAAGAAUAAUGGAAAUAAUAUGUGGGAGCGUGUUAGUUCUAGUAACCAAAUAAUUUAUUUUGAUCCUAUCUCUGAAGAGUUCAAUAUGUUUUCGGUCCCCGAGCCUAAAUCCAAUCAAGAAGAGAAUGAUAUAGUUGGUUUAGGAGUUUUAAAUGAAUGUCUUUGUAUGACACGGUUGGAAGAUGACAAGGGCGGUGUUGAGAUAUUGGUCAUGAAGGAAUAUGGGGUAAAGGAAUCAUGGACAUCCUUAUUUUUCAUAAGGAAUUUAGAAAUAAGUCCGUCUUAUGGAUUUGCAGUGCCCUUGUACAUGACAGAGACGGGAGGACUAGCUUUGAUAACAGACGAUCGUGGCAACAAAGUUGUUGUACACAAUCCGAAGAAUGAUAAUAUGAAAAACAUUUUCGUCGAGGGAAAGACGGGAUUUAGAAUAGGCCCCAUCAUUACCUAUGUUGAAAGCUUGAUCAAGCCAGAGGAAUACUACUGGAGUAAGAAGCGUCACAAACAGUUUGGAAAGCUCUAAGAAGAUUUCUUGGACAAGAGUUUCGAAAGUCAAGAUCUAGUCAGAUACCCACUGAUUAAUAAUUCUCAUAUGGUACUAUUUUCAUUAUAAUUUUGUCCUAACGCCAAAUUACUAUUAUUUUUCUCGUUGCUUGUAUGAAAUCGUACUUUCAACUGUUCUGUUUACUCUACGAUAAUUAUUCUGUUUUACUUGACACAACCCUUGUACCGAGCUGUUGACAAUAAAGGUUUGUCACGUAUUUUUCCAUGAAAUCGUACUUUCAACUGUUCUGUUUACUCUACGAUAAUUAUUCUGUUUUACUUGACACAACCCUUGUA